AUGGUACUAUCGAGUGCUGCGCCUAACAUUCAUCGGGGGCCUCUACGGCUAUCGAGAUGUCAAUCCAGGGGACUUUGACGAGGACAUCUCCGAUUUGGAAGAGCCAGACAAAGGGGACGAGAGCGAGGGAUACUGCGACUGCGACAGCGACGCGUCUGAGUGUGAUUGCGAACUGUCCGUUGGUGAUCACGUGUCCGAGAGAUCGUAUACUGAGGACGACGCGGAUUACUACUACGAAUUAAAAGAGAUGCGCGAAGAACGGAAGCGUGAGCUACGGGAUAACAAAAAGGAGGAUGCGAGGAUGAAACAAGAGGAAUACGACCACAAUAAGAAAAAAAUGAAAGAGGUGUACGACUUCUACAAAAAAAUGAAGGAAACCAUCAAGAAUGGCGAUGAACCGCCAAUUCUCAAUACCCUGGAUGGGAGUUCUUUUCGCCUAUUCUCCGUCGAACACGUGGAUUACCGCUAUGAUAACGACCUCUACCCGACGAGGUACGUUGAAUUUUACGACCUAUCGGAAUACUUAGAUGGGAGCAAAGACUCGACGGACAGUGGCCCUAA